AUGCUGAAAGUCAAGGACACUGAAAUCUAUACAAUGAGUUUCUACCAGCCAUCUUUGUCACUUUACGAUGUUUUGAACGCUCUUUCGAACCAAGGCCAAGCCAGGUCGCCUCAAGAUCAGUUAUACCAGCUGCAAAGACGGCAAGCGGAGGCCGAAGCUCAGCGCCGGGCUGAGAGGGCAACUGCCAGACGCUUCCCACUCUAUAGUAGAUUUGAUGGACCGCCAGCCGGUUACUACUACCGGGGCAUACCAGGAGAACAGUUCUAUUACAGACCCGAUUACUACCAAUAUAGCGACGAGGAGGGAGACGCGGAAGAGUACUCAGGCUCCGAGGAGGACGAGUACCGCCAGCAGGUUCCCCAGGGGGAAACACCGUAUCUGCGUGCUGCUCAUCACCACCACAGAGGACAAUCCGACCCUCUACAGGAUCUGCUGAGUGCUCUGCUAGGCGGCGCACCUCCAGGCGAAAGGGCCGACGAGGGAAAGCAAAAUAUCAAGCAGUCAGUUCAGCGCGAGGAGCUGAAUGAGGCGAAGGGCGCUGCUGAACCUGAAGCGGAGGCUCCAGUGGACGAAACCAAAAACGAGCAGCAGAAGCCUGAGCCGGACACGCAACCAGCCGGCAAGAAAAAGCCCGCAUCGCGUUCGAGGUCUUUUGUGUCGAACCCAUUGCAGGUCUCGAAGCCGGAGACUCGACUGGAUUUGCCCUUCUCCCCCGAGGCAAACGUCUACGACUGUCCGAAUGCCUAUGUAGUCGUCGUCGCAUUGCCGGGUGCCACAUCGAAAGCCUUCAAGGUAGACUAUCAUCCCUCAUCUCACGAACUGAUCAUCAAGGGCAGUAUCAGCGACAAGCUGAACGUUGACGAAAAGUUCUUGAAAAUCUCCGAGCUCAGACACGGCGCUUUCCAAAGAACAGUUAAGUUCCCUGUUCUGCCCCGUAUCAAGGACGAGGAGAUCAGGGCAACGUACAACAACGGUCUGCUACAGGUGAAAGUACCAAAGAUACGCGACGGCUCGGAGAAGCCGGCACCAAAGAAAAGAAUCGUCAUAGAAGAGAUCCCCGACGAAGAGCUGGAGUUCGAAGAGAACCCCAACCCCGUUCAAGAAUAG